GUUACGCCUUCUCUGCGCUUCUAACGCUUUCGAGCUUAAUUCUUAGGCAGGGCGUUUGUUUGCCGUGUUAAAUUAUUUAUGCAAGCUGCAAAAUAAGCCUCCACCGCAUACACUAAUUGUCCCCCACGGAAUUGCAAUCCAUAGAAUACUAUUCAAUAAUACAUGUCACGAGAGAGGGGGCGUUAUUAUUCUAUUCUUCGCUUUGACCACGAUCAUCGAUCAUCUAUUUAUUCAAAGGGGAAACAUGGCAGAUCGACCUGAUUCUAACUCAGAUGAGCCAAACGAAAACCGCUCUCACACACCUACUCAGCAAUCAUCAGUGCAAAAUGACGAACCACCGGUGACCAAUAAUGAACAAUCUUCAUCACACCCCUCUGCACGGUCAGCACUGAGCGGUGUCGAAGCUCAGACAGCUGAAGCCCAACCACAAACGACAUCAUCGAACAGCUCAGGAACUAAUCAAAAUGCAGCACCAGCACCACCAUUCCCAGUUGAUCCAGGUGCUCAUUUGAGAAGUGGCGCAGGCGGAUUUGCUGCCUUGGUGGACGCUUUCAUGGCAGGAUUUCGUCAAGCUGCCGUAGAUGCAAGAGGCGAACGCACACCUUCUUCACAGCCUCAAACGACUACAGCCGCUUCCUCUGGUGUCAGUGAGACAAACACUACAACGGUACCUGCAUCAUCUGCGCAGAAUGAAAAUACUACAGAGACCACUGCUGUCCCAUCGAAUGCCAACAAUAAUGCUACUGCUGAUAGCACUUCGAACGACGCAACAUCCGCUGCAAACAAUAAUGCAAGUCAGACGACAGACGAUGCCACAGAUCGUCCUCGCACUCUGUUUUUCCGCAUGCCAGUUGGUCCAGACGGAAGGGAUGCCUUGCUUGCUUUCACGCCAGGUCCAAUUCCAAUUCCACCACCAGAAGCAGGAAUGCCUACAGCUGCAGGUCUAUCUGGUGAUCGUGGUAAUGGGCUGGCAUCAGGCUUCCAUCUGCCACAUUCACCAAUCUUUGUUCCUUUCGGCGCUUCCCCUUUGCAUUUCAGUUUUUUGUUUGAUGCUCAAACGAAUACUGCUUGGCCGAUUGCCAACAUCACAAACGGACCACCAGGUGCAAUGCCUAUUGAACAGCCAAUUCCACCCAAUAUGCCACAAUUUGUCACUGGACCGCCAUUCCGAAUCGCCUUGAAUGUCUCGUACGGUCCACCUCCUGAAGUACCACGACCAGAUCCUGAGCGUGCUUCCCGUUUUGUUGGAUCUCUCGAGAGAGCAGAUGCCGAAUUGCGUGGUCGAAUGGCCAGAUUGGGUAUGGGUGAUAUUGGAGAUUAUGGAGGUUCACAAAACAACGAAGGCGGAAAUGGGGCAGCGCUGGGAUGCGGUAUUUGUUUGGAUGAAUAUGCUAGCGAAGAUAGACCAGAAUGGAUCGGAGGUCAAAGUAGUAUUGAUGAAGAAGUCGUUGCUGUGCCUUGUGCAGGUCAUCAUACAUUGCAUCACAGAUGCUUGUAUGAAUGGUUGGUCAAUACGCCACCAAGUCAAUGGACUUGUCCGUUCUGUCGUGCGCCUUUAGAUAAAGAAAAGGUUGAUCAAAGUGCAAGUGAACAAGAACAACAAAGACAACAAGAAACACGACAGCGACGUCAAGAUACGAACGAGAAUGAGGAUAACCUGAAAAAGAAAGCAGAGUUAGAAGCAAGAGCUCGUUCAUUACGUGAAGAAGUUCGUUUACGUGAACGUGCUCGAGGAUGGAGAUGCGAUUCACCUGCUUGUUUGCCAAGAUAUCCUGAUUCGCCCAAUGACGAGAAAGAUUGCGCUCAUCAAGGCGAAGAAUCGACGGUAUCUGAUUGGCCUUCCGAUGUCACAUCUCUGAUCAGCCUGCUGCCUUGUCGUCAUAAAUUACACCUUGACUGUCUCUGCACGAGCAUGAAAUUGGAACAAGCAGAUCUCGGAAGUGAAGAUGAUUCAGACGAAGAGGAGGAAGAAGAGACAGAAGAAAUUGUAGGAGAGGCAAAAGCUGAAGAAGGAUCAAAUGACUCUAAUACGCUCAUUAAUGAACCGGAAGCAAAAGUUGAUUCACCUCUUGUUUCUAAACAACAGACUGUCGGCAAGUGGGUAACUUGUCCAACAUGUCGACAUGAAGCAUGGGCAGAAUUGCCAGUGCGUAGAAAGCCAAAGCGAGUUGAAAGCUUUGCUUGAGAAAUAGUUGUAAACAUACAAUGAUUAUAUACCCUCAUCUUUGUACAUUAUCACAAGUUUUGCUCUGUUUUUUACAUUUGUAUCAUAUUUAUCAUCUUUGUGAUCGUUUUAAUAUCAUAUCGUCAUCAAAAGCU